UAAUAGUUAUCUUCAGUCAGUUUUGUAAACAAGUUGGAUUGAGCCUUCUAUUUCUUAUGUACCUUGAUACAGCAGCGCUCGUGGCACAUCGCAUGCAGUGGUUUCCUACGAUGCAUGUGUGCGACUUUGCCUUCAUGCGUGGGCAAAGGGUUGCAUGGAGGCUCGCAUGUUUCUGGAAAACGAAUGUGCUCUUCUACGAGAAGCAUUCGGGUGAGUUUAUUAUUGAAGUGUAAAUAUUUUAUAUUUCUUUAUACAAAACUGAAAGUCAAAUUAUAUGUUUUCAUCCACAUGCCUCAAAAGUAAUUAUUGAGUAACAGAUGUUUUUGGGGGGUUGAAACUGAAUACAGGGUGAAGGAACACCUUUCGCUAUCGAAGGAGGAAAUGCUGGUGAGUCAAUCUUCACAAGCUCCGCACGAGGGAGUUGCACCAAAACCCAAGAAAAACAUUGGCAAAAUGAUGGUUCAAGUAUGGCGUGUUAAAACAGAUUUGGAUGCAGCUCCAACGGGUAAUGGUAUAUUAUAUGUCGAGCCAUCGCUGAAAAAGAUUGAGAAACUCCGGGUUCACUUUUCCAAUAUCUCAACACGUAUAUCUUCUAAAUGGCGGGCUCUAAAGAAGAUCAAUCUUCGUGCAAAUGAGAAAUACUUGUGUAGGUUAAGAUUGAAAAGCUCAACUGUAGAUGACGCCGUUAUCAUGCAAUCCGGAUCCGAUGAAGAAGGCCGUGUUUUCUUUCUUGAUAGUCAUGAAGAUGAUCUGAUAGUUGAAAUAUUUGAAUCAAAGGGGAAGGAAUUUGGGCGUGCGCUUGUCCCGCUAGCUAAAGUUACUGAAGUUUCCGCUUAUUCACUUUCCUGGGAGUCUGUAUUUCGUGAGCCGGGACAUCAACUUGUGGGAAAAAUCCAGAUCCAUUUUGACUAUUCAGCAAGUUCUGAUGAUAAUAGCCAUUUGAAGGGUUGUUCCGUUGCGGAAACAGUCGCAUAUGACCUAGUCCUGGAAGUGGCCUUGAAAACGCAGUGGUUUCAGCAAAGAAAAUUGUUGUUAUAUGGUUCAUGGAAAUGGCUUUUGGAAGAAUUUGCCUCCUACUAUGGGAUUUCAGAUGUCUACACCAAGCUCAGAUACUUGACCUAUGUGAUGGAUGUCGCUACACCGACUUCAGACUGUCUCCAUUUGGUGCAUGACUUGCUAGCACCUGUCAUCAUGAAAGGAAAUGGCAAGGCUACCUUGAGUCAUCAAGAGAAUGGGAUCCUAAAUGAAAUCAAGAACCAAACCGAGCAGAUUCUGAAGCUGGUCUUUGAGAACUACAAAUCUCUUGAUGAGUCUUCUUUCUCUGGAAUGAAUGAUGUAGUCAGUUCUGCAACAGGAGUUCCAGCGCCAGCGCUCGCUCCGGCUGUUAAAGUGUACUUGCUUCUGCAUGAUAUAUUGUCUCCGAAGGAUCAGAGUAAUCUUUGUAAUUACUUCCAGGUAGGAGCAAAGAAGAUAUCUAGAAUGCAUAUGGGUGAGACGGAUGAGUUUGUUACAAACAACAAUGAUCCCAAUUUUUGGGAUCCUUCUUCAAUGUCGUCUGCUUACAAGAAAAUGACUAUGGUCUGCAAGAAUGUAAAGAAUGAGAUUUAUACUGAUAUUGAGAUCCACAAUCAAUAUAUACUUCCCAGCUUUAUUGACCUUCCAAACUUGUCAGCAUCCAUAUAUAGCACUGAUCUCCACAACAGACUUCGAACAUUCCUUGUUGCAUGCCCACCGUCUGGUCCUUCACCAGCAGUUGCAGAGCUUGUUAUUGCAACUGUAGAAUUUCAACGUGAUCUUUCCAGCUGGAACAUUGGUCCUAUCCAAGCUGGUGUUGAUGCAAAAGAAUUGUUCCACCAAUAUAUUAUGAUUUGGAUUCAAGAUAGACGCCUUUCCUUACUUGAGUCAUGCAAACUUGAUAAGGUACAAUGGGGCGGAGUCGGGGCACAUCGUUCAACAACCCCAUUUGUUGAUGAAAUGUACACCAGGCUGAACGAAACCAUUCAAGACUAUCAAGUUAUCAUUUCUAGCUGGCCCAAAUGUAUCUUUGUCCUGGAGAGUGCCAUUGCUGAUGUUGAAAAAGCAAUUGUGGAAGCUCUGGAGAAGCAGUAUGCAAAUGUCUUAUCACCUCUAAAAGAAAACUUGGCUCCAAAAAAGCCAUAUGUAGUUCCGGAUGAGCUGGGCAUUUUAUUAAACACUAUGAAGAGAAUGCUUGAUGUUCUACGGUACAAUAUAGAGGCUCAAUUCAAAGCAUGGUCUUCAUCAUGCAUUCCUGAUGGUGGGAACGUAGCUCCUGGGGAUCGUCUUUCUGAGGUGACGGUGAUGCUCAGAGCCAAGUUUCGAAGUUACCUUCAAGCUGUUGUCGAAAAACUCGUACAAAAUGCGACAACGUUGAAGAAGAUUCUUCGGGACUCUAAGGGCAUCAGCAGUGGUCUCCACUGCGCCUGCUCUAAAGAAAGUGUUGGAGAAUCAGACAUGCAUAACUUGAAGGAGCAGCUCACCAACACACUGAAUAAUCUACAUUCGGUUUGUGCGACGCAUGUAUUCAUCGCAUUGUCUCGAGGAUACUGGGAUCGUAUGGGAGAGGUCAACUAUUUCAAUAGUGUCUCCUGAGUUUUGUUUUGUCUGGCGUGUGUGUGUUGGGAGAGCUGAUUCUUCAUCUCUUGCCCCCAUGACAGAUUGUUCUGAGCUUUUUGGAGAACAAGACAGAGAACAGAGCUUGGUAUAAGGGUCCUAGAGUUGCUGUCUCUAUGUUAGACGAUACAUUUGCAGCAGAGAUGCAAAAGCUACUAGGAGAUUCGUUGAGAGAGCAAGACCUGGAGCCUCCGAGAUCGAUUGUGGAGCUUCGCUGGAUUCUUUGCAAGGACACUACAGUUAAUAAAGGCAAGUCUUUCGACUAGUAAAUAUCAAACGCCUAAAAAUGCUCAAGAUUCCUUUAUAGCUCGAAACUGUAAGGGAUCAGAUCUCAUUUCCUUUUAGCACUAGCAUAUCAAUGUAUUACAAGACUGGUGAAGUGAAAUACAAAAACUCUCUUUACAA